AUUGACAAUGACUCAGAACCAAUCCCACACUCCAACGGAUACCGUUCUUAUCUAUGUGCAUCUUUCAGAUCGUGUUGUUCCAUUAGAACAGCAACCUUAUCAACGACCAUGUCUACAACCCAACGCCCCCUCAUCGUCCUCGGUGCUGGUGUAAUUGGCCUCACCACCGCUUAUCGUGUAUCUACAGAUCCAGUACUCUCGUCUCUAUUCAAGAUAACGGUAGUGGCAAGAGAUCUACCGGAGGAUAUGGAUUCUCAGGCUUGGUCGAGUCCUUGGGCGGGUGCCAAUUGGUCGCCGAUGCCGAUGGGUGGCGAGGACGAACGGAUAAAGAGAUGGGAGACAACCACUUUCAAUAAGUUCUGGGAUAUGAUACCUAGUGGACUCGUGAAGGAAUUACCCUCAAGGAAGUAUGGCUAUCAUGCCACAGACUAUUCUAACGUGUGGUGGAAAGACCUGGUACGAAAUUUCCGCAUUAUGGAGCCUUCAGAAAUCCCUGAAGGCUAUAAAUCCGGCUUAUCAUUCAGCACCAUCUCAGUCAGCCCCGUCUUCUAUCUUCCCUGGCUCACAGCCAAUCUCGUAAACCAUGGAGUCAACUUUGUGCGCAAAACAGUAAGGAGCUUAGACGAGCUUUCGUAUCUUGCUAAAGAAAAUGGAAUAUUGGUGAACGCUACUGCCCUAGGGUCUAGAUCAAUCCUUGGAAUCGAGGACACGGCGCUGUACCCUAUACGCGGCCAAACAAUCCUAGUACGAUGUCCUAGUCUACAAGAGUUUUUAGCAUUGGAAGGAGACGAAUACUCGGACGAAGGUGGGGAAGCGACCUAUAUCAUCCCCCGCCCAGGUGCUGGCGACGCGGAGGGCACAGCACUGAUAGGAGGUACAUUCCAAGUCAGAAACUGGGAUACAUCUUUGAACAUGGACACGGCGCGGAGUAUCUUUAUGCGAUGUGCAUCGCUUGCACCAUGCCUACUUGACAAGGGGACAGAAGUUCUUAAACAUAAUGUCGGCCUGAGGCCUGCCAGAGAGGGUGGCCCGAGGGUGGAGGUCGGACGAGUCAAGUUACCUUUGGGUGAUGGCUUGCGGAAGCGAGCUGAGAGUGGGGGUAAUGCCCAAACAGAAGCGAAGGACGAAUUGGUAGUUGUGCAUGCAUACGGCUUCGGGGCCGCUGGUUAUCAGAGCUCAUGGGGAGCGGUUGAAGAUGUUGUUUCUCUGCUGAAAGGAAAUAUCUAAACUUUUCACUGGUGUCCACAGAUUUAUAGAGAGAUUAGUGUGUUAGCCUGUAACUCCAGGGCUUAGUUAUGUCAUGAACGGCAAGUG